GUCAUAUCGUUCUCGACGGUAGCUUUCGAAGUUCGGUUCCACCGAUUUCUCACUCCUCAAUCCAAUCUUCUUCCUUCCAAAGGCUUGCGAAUGUACUCAGCUGGUUUCUUGAGCUCCUCUCUGGUUUUCCAACCGAUUAGACCUUUCAAACCCUUCCUCCUACGAUGCCCUACCCUAGCGCGGCCAAGCAUACCGCUCUGCUCGGCGGAACCGGAACCGCCAAGGAGGAGCAGCGGAAGUGGCAGUGGCAGAGGGAGAGCGAAUCCCCCUAUGGACAGCGGCGCAGAGGCACCUGGGGGGAGAGGUGCGAGAAGGCACUCGCAUCGGACCUCGAGGAGGUCCUCCAUCAAGAAGAGCCUCGCGCAGGAGCAGGUCGUGUUCACGACGCCCGUGGCGGAGGAUCCCGUUGUGGCCAUCAUCGGCGGCGGGGUCUCGGGGCUCGUCUGCGCCUUGACGCUUGAGGAGAGAGGGAUUAGAUCGACGGUCUUCGAUACGGGGGUGCAUGGGUUAGGUGGAAGGAUGGCAACAAGGAUUAUCAGUCCCAAGCCAUUGGUUUUUGAUCAUGCAGCUCAAUUCUUUACUGUAAGUGAUUCUAGAUUCCGGAAACUAGUUGAUGGUUGGUUGGAGAAAGGUUUGAUUCAGGAAUGGAAAGGACUGUUAGUAGAACUUGAAGCUGGUGGACAUUGUGUUCCUGUACCCUAUACAACUAAAAGAUAUGUAGGAACUAAUGGAAUGCGUCCACUGAUGGAUUCAAUCAUAUGUCAGAGUAAAUUGGUCAAUAUUGUGAGGCCUUGUUGGGUAAGCAAGCUAGAGCCAUUUAAUGGAACGUGGCGAUUGACUGAGAGAGAUGAAUACCAUGGCCAGUUUGAUGCAAUUGUAAUUGCACAUAAUGGAAAAUGUGCAAAUCGUUUGCUUUCAUCAUCAGGCUUACCUUUGCUUACUAAACAGAUGAAGACUCUAGAACUAAGUUCCAUUUGGGCUCUUCUUGCUGCAUUUGAUGAUCCUCUUCCAAUCCCAACAAUUGGGGCUUUUAGAUCUUUUGAUGGAGCUUUUGUAAAAGGUGUUAAUUCCCUUUCAUGGAUGGGCAACAACACUAGCAAGCUCUUCCCACUAGAAAGUGGCAAGCCUCAUUGUUGGACCUUUUUCAGCACUGCUGCCUAUGGGAAGCAAAAUAAAGUUCCACAGGAAAACAUACCUAAUGCAACAGCAGAGAGAGUGACAAAUGAGAUGCUUGAAGGUGUAGAAUCAGCCCUUGGAUUAUCUAAAGGAUCACUCGAGAAGCCCUUUUACACUAGAGUUCAAUUAUGGGGUGCAGCCCUUCCAACAAAUACUCCUGCAGUUGCUUGUAUCUUCGACCCUAGAGGGCGUGCAGGAAUUUGUGGUGACUGGCUACUCGGUUCAAGUGUGGAAGCUGCAGCCUUAAGUGGAAUGGCUCUUGCUCAUCAUAUGGCUGAUUAUUUCAAAAGUGGAGGAACACGGUCCGAUGAAUUUGCUAUCGGAUUGAACAGUACAUUUCAGGCAAUUGCGGGUCAUGAUAUCGGUCAGUUUCCUGGUCUUGAAUAUGAAAAACAAGUUGAACCGCAGGCAUGCACAGCCUUGUAGAGUUCCAAUAGACAACCAUUCGUAACAAGAAGCUCCAGAACAUGAUUUCUAAUCCCACUGAAAUUUUCUUAGGAAAUGUUUGUCCUUGUUAUGUUUGAAUUGUUUGAUUUCUAGGCUAACAUUUCAGAGACUAUACAUUGUUUGAUUUUGCUUAGGGUUAAUUUUGGUUUUAUUUUUUAUAUAAAAAUUAAGAUGUUUGUUAUUGAA